AUGACCACGAUAGAGGAGGCGGUGGAGAUCGCCCUCGAGUGGUCGAGAAGCGUCUUCGCCUCCACAAGCUCCAGGCGAGAAUCCAUCGUAGCCGUGGACGAGCGAUGUAUCGGCAGAGUACUCGCGAAAGAUGUGAAGGCGCAUGUGCCGCAUCCACCGUUUGCGGCGAGUGUCAUGGAUGGCUACGCCGUGAACGCGCGAGAGACGAUCGAACAGACUGAGGAACAAAAUAUUGAAUUCACUGUUCUCGCGAGCGAGGUCUCUCGCGCUGGACCGGUGAGCACUGGACGCUUGAAGCGAGCGAUGAAGGCGUUGGAGUGCGCGUACGUAACAACAGGCGCAGCUCUACCUAGAGGCUGCGACUGUGUCAUUCCGAGUGAGCAGUGCGACGUACAUUCGAACGGAACGGUCGUGUUUGUUGAGAGAGCGGCGUUGGUGGCGGGCAAAUGGACGCGAGUGUCUGGGAGCGACGUCGCUGGACAAGGCGAGACGCUCGUUCGGCGCGGUGAGCAGCUCACCGUGUUCGAUAUCGGAGUGCUCAAGUACGCGGUGGAUGAAAUCGCGAUUUUCAACCGACCUCGAGUGAGAAUAUUGAGCACGGGAGAUGAAUUAGUGGCGAGUGUACGCGACGUGCACGAUAAAUUUGGUUGCAUCAUCGACACGAAUAGCCCGAUGCUAGGCGCAAUGUGCAUGGACAGCGGAUCAGAAGUCAUCUGUAGGGACGUCACGCAAGAUGACUUGGAACGCACCACGACGUUCUUCCGUUCGGCCCUAGCCGAUGAGGGGUGCGAUGCUCUUAUUACAUCCGGCGGGGCGUCAGUUGGCGAUAGAGAUUUCAUAGAAGCAGUCAUCACGUCACUCGGAGGAGAAAUUCACUUCAGGCGUCUUGCCAUGAAACCAGGGAAGCCAACAACGUUCGCAACGCUGUCGCGAUCGGAUGGAUUACCGCCACUACUCGUGUUCGCUUUGCCAGGUAACCCCGUAAGCGCGGCGGUGACGUUUUCCCUCGUCGUCGCCCCUUGCAUUCAAGUGCUCAGUGGAUCGAUAAGCGAGCCGAAGCUUCGACGUAUUCACUGCGUCCUGAAUGAAACGCUGACGCUCGAUCCAGAGCGUCCCGAGUACCACCGCGCGGUAUUGGAAUGGAAUGGUGCCACGCACCCGUCUCUACCGAUCGCACACUCGACAGGUCGGCAAAUCAGUAGUCGUUUACUAAGCAUGCGUGGUGCAGAUGUCCUCGUGGAGCUACCGAAAGGACCCGGGGUUGUUGAGAAGGGUGCCAUAGCGAGCGCGCUCGUAUUAUCUGACUUUCGUCGCGCGAAUUUUCACAUGGAAAAGAUCGCGACGCCAAAGAGAGAUGUUGGACAUGCCCCGUUCGCCACAUUUACGACUCGAAACGACGCACGUGUUUACGUGCUCGGAGCAAACGGGCGCGUGCUUGAUUUGAAACGGUCAGUUGGGUUGGAAGAAAAUGUUCGCUCGAGUUGCCGCAGAAGUGGAAGUUCCAACGAUGUUGCAGACGUUCUUUCGGCGCCUCUUUCGAUGUACUCAAAUAACGAAAUUCACGUCGCCGUCACGGACGAUCUACCAUCCCAGGCGUUGUUUGAAAGCAUCGAGAAGACUGCGAAGCGACUUCGCAUCGCUAUGUCGAACACGUCGAUUACUCACCGCACGUUCGCACGAGUCGGUCUAGCUGGGAAUCCAUCUGACGCAUACGGUGGCAAGGUCGUCGCUGCAUCCAUAUCGAACUUCUGUGCAGAGGCAAUUUUGACGCCGAUGGUCGCCUCAAAGCGCGUGUCUUUCGUCUUGGGGCCGUACGAUGCGAAUGAUUACGAUUCAUUUGACGAUAUGGCGUCGCACGUCUCGUCGCACGGUGUCGACGGCGGAGUCCGCUUGCUCAAGGCGCUUUGCGAAAACGUGAAGCGUUAUUGCGUGGAGACAAAACAGAUGAUCGAUUUCUCGUGUGGUUUCGAGCUCUCAUACGCGAGUACGAUUCCAGAGCAGCUUGGACUGAGUGGUUCAAGCGGAAUAAUAAUUGCUGCGCUUAGGUGUCUCAUGCAACACUACGGGGUGAAAAUGUCAAUCGAUGAACAAGCUUCGAUCGCGCUUCGCGUCGAGCACGAUGUUGGCAUCAAUGCAGGACCAAUGGAUCGAGUGCAGCAAGUGUACGGUGGAUGUAUGUUCAUGGACUUUUCAUGCCCAAAAGAGUGUGACAGUUCAACGCUUAUCGUGCAUGGCGAGUACACGCGACUGAAUGCCGAUUUGCUCCCACCUAUGUAUCUCGUGUGGCGAGGAGAAAGCGCGAGCCACAGCGGGAAAGUUCACUCGGGCCUGAAAGAGCGAUGGACCAAUCGGCAUACGAACGAGGACAGCGAAGUCGCCGUUUCGAUGGGGCGACUGGCGUCACUCGCGGAGGAAAUAUUUGAACUUUUCAAAAAGGGGAAGAAAAUCGAUGUAAAUGAACUCGCGGAUCGAAUGAACGAAAACUUUCAGUUACGUCGAACGUUAAUGGGCGAUAAAGUUAUUAGCGAGGCAAACCUGCGAAUGGUUCGCAUGUGUCAGGAAGUGGGCGGCGGUGGCGCAAAGCUAGCGGGAAGCGGGGGCUCGUGCGUUGCUGUCUGCAAAAACGAGGCCACUGCACAAGCGUUGCGUCGCGCGUGCACGGAGAGUGGCUAUGCGUAUGAACAAUUGAAAUUCGUGUGA